AUUGGUGGAUUCUCUUUAAGAGGCGUGGUGCUUUUUUUUCAAACCCGGAAACAGCAGUUUGUUUACGUCGUAUCAACGAGGACUGCUCUGCAGUGAGUUCACCUUUCCCCUGAAAAACAGAAAUGGGUUUGGAAAGCGACAACAGCCAAAAGAGGACAGCUGGAAGUUCUGGUCCAGAAACCGAUGUGGAUCCACAGACCCCGGUAUUGCGCAUCAGCCAACUGGAUGCCCUCGAGCUAGACUCAGCCCUUGAACAGCUGCUAUGGACGCAGUUUUCCCAGUGCUUCCAGAACUGCCGCCCGGGACUUCUCACCCCACUGGAGCCUGAAUUGAGGGCUCUGCUUCAACUGUUUGUGUGGAGGUUCACACUGUAUUCUAGCAGCACCACUGUGGGCCAGUCUUUACUGAGCCUACGCUAUCACAAUAUCCUUUCCUCGUCUCCCCGUUACAGACCUCUGUCCCGGAGGCAGAAGUUGAGUCUGGCCCUGCUCAAUGCAGGUCCACAAUGGCUCAAGGAGCGUUCCCAUAGCCUGCUUCUGUGCUUGGGUUUAAGUGCAGGAGGGGCUGUGUCUGAAAGCGGUGGUUUACUUCAACAGGGUCUCCGCAAUUGCAUGACCCUUGUUUCUAGUGUAGCCCAGCUUGCAAGUCUCAUCAACUUUCUUGUGUUCCUAAGGAAAGGUCGCCAUCCAGUCCUGGCUGAAAGGAUUGUAGGAGCUCGGGCGGUUUUUAGCAAGCCCAAUGUGGUCCGGGACAUAACCUACCAAUACAUGAACCGUGAGCUGCUGUGGCACGGCUUUGCAGAGUUUCUCAUCUUCCUGGUGCCAUUGAUCAAUACAAGGAAACUGAAGGCAACAGUGUCUUCGAUUGUUUUUGGGGGACAAAGCAGCAAAGGGGAGGGAGCGACAGAAGGGCAAGGGGUGUUAAAAGAGUGCGGACUGUGCGGAGAGUGGCCGACCAUGCCUCAUACAGUGGGCUGCCAACAUGUUUUCUGCUACUACUGCAUCAAAAGCCACAGCAUUGCAGACGCUUACCUCACCUGUCCCAAAUGUGGCGCAGAGGCAGGCCAGCCUGAGCUGGUCAAGAUGGAGGUGGAGAUGAUUGGCAGAUGAUGUUGAUGUGUGAUGAAAUUGUCAUGACAGUUUGUUUUAAAACCUAUUGAACUUAUUGAAAUUAAAAUAGUGGUUCAUACCUUUAUAGCUGCACAAAUGCAAUGCAGGGAACAGACUCGACUAACCACCUUUGUGUGAUUAUGUUAAUUUAUCUGAAAUUAAAUAAUAAAUAAUUAUCAUCCAAAUGUUUUGUAAAUACAGGAUUAUAUGAAAAUAUGAAGAGGGUUUAACAGGCGUUGUUCUGCAAGCAUUCCUCCAUUAAAAAAAUAAAAAAAUAAAUAAAAAUUCACAUGGUAGUCGUGUAUGAGUUUAUGCCUGGACUUCAGUCUUUAUGAUGUCUGUGUCUUUUCUGAACACACAUCGACCUGCUAUGUUUAAUGUAUGUGUGCAUAUAUUGACAAUCCUCUGCCCCUUCCGUUUCUCCGGCUGGACUUUGGACAGAACUAUUUGUCUUUGGUGCACUGGACAGACUACAGAGAACCACACAGAGCAUAUAUUUGAUGAGUGAACGUGUUGAUUUAUGCUCCAAAUUGGCUGUGUGUUAGCACAUGUGUAUGUGUGUGUGUGUGUUUGUUGAAAUGGGAAUAUUUGUUCUGAUGAAAAAUGCAGAAAGUCAGCUGAAUAAAUAAUGGGAGGAAUUUCUGAUGCCUCUCAUCAUGGCCAAAUUAGCAUUUGUUGUGUAUUUUGUGCCUAAAUUGUAUUUCAACAUCAUUAAAAUUGAUAGAGUGCUACCUCUUGGGUGUUUAUUUAGUUAAGUGGAGGAGAGAGAGAUGAGGGAAAGUUGUAACAAUCAGCACACUUCUCUCUAGACAGGCCUGGUCGUUCUAACUCCCAUUAUCCGUUUUCACAGCACCCCAACAUGCUCAAGAUCAAGGGGGCAGCCAGGGGCUUGGAUUGACUCUCACACACACACUUGACAGCCAGCCUCACUUUUCCCUUGGCCGUUCUCUCUUUUGCUGCCUUUCCAUCUCUCUCCCUCUGUAAUCUCUAGGGCCCUCGCCCCUAUAAGACUGGAGUAAACUGUACCAAAACCCUGCCAGUCGUCUCCUUCCUCG